ACUGCAUUAACAAAUUUCAUUUACAAAUUUAGCAAUUGCGCAAGAUUCCCCAUUUAACGGACACUUAAACGUAAGGACUUCCAAAUUUUUAUAAAUUUCCAUUCCUAAGUCUGAACACAACCUGAAAAUCUGAAAGUAUUUUUCGCAGUUGUGUAAGAGAACAGAUACAGAUCCACGUGACCAGACCAAGAAAUGUGUCAGGUGUCAUAAUAUUCCUGCGAAAAGCCGAAAAAAACAACCGAAUCCUCUUCGCCCUUUCGAAACUGGAGCAAAUGCGCCGGGUAAACAAGAGCACGUGACCGCGGCAUGACAGGGCCGUUGGUGGGGAUAGUUGCGGACUGCGGCUCAGUCGAAAAUCGCCUCUACCUACAAAACAUUCGAAGAAUGAAAUCGAGCGACUGCUGAGCGGUACGAGACUCUGGUCACGUUCUCCACUAGACGGUGUGCGACCGGUGGUAGAUUCUACCCCUUGAGAUGUGCGUUUAGACGGACCCGUUCCGGUGCUGACGUGCUGAUUUGUUUUGGACUGGGGGCGGACCGUUUAAAAAACCGUGCCCGCCUUGGAAGUUGUAGUGCGUGGACUUGUGUUCGGAUUUUUUCAUUUGUUUUUGUGGACUUGAUCGGAAUUAGUGUGAAUUUUCAAUGAUAUGAGUCAACGAGAUACUGUUAUACACCUUGUGGCAGGGGGUGUGGCCGGCACGUUCGGCGCCAUCGUGACAUGCCCCCUGGAAGUUGUAAAGACACGGCAACAGUCGAGCCGGUCGGGGUUUAGGGUGCCGGGCGACACGACGCCCGUCGCCGUCCACGCGUCGAAACUGAGGGGCGGCCGCGUUUCGUCGGGCGCCUCUUCCGCCGGCGGCGGCGACCAGAGGCGUAGGUUGUGGACCACCACACGAUACAGCCGGCCUCAAGUUGUGGCUCUUUCAGGUUACGCGACGCCCCAUCACGGCCCGGCGCCGGUUCACGCAGCGGCCGCGGGCGCACCGCCUGGCAUCGCGAACUUGAGCAUCGUCCAGUGUCUCAGGCACAUCGUCCAACACGAAGGACCCAUGGCUUUAUUCAAAGGUCUGAUCCCGAAUCUGGUGGGUGUGGCACCCUCGAGGGCCGUUUAUUUCUGCACGUAUUCGCAGGCGAAACAAUUUUGGAACGGGCUGCUGCCGCCGGACUCUCCAAUCGUGCACGUGUGCUCCGCGUCCUGUGCCGGCUUCAUGGCCAGCACCCUCACCAACCCGAUCUGGUUCGUCAAGACCAGGCUCCAAUUGGACAUAAACAAGGAUAGUAAGAUGACUGCCAUGCAGUGCGUCCAAAGGAUAUACGCUAAAUCGGGUAUUCUUGGUUUCUACAAGGGCAUAUCGGCAUCCUACAUGGGCAUCUCGGAGACAAUCGUCCACUUCGUGAUCUACGAAGCGAUAAAGGCGGAGCUAAUGGCGCACCGGGUGCGCCACACCGACGCAAAGAGUUCCAAAGACUUUUUGGAGUUCAUGAUGGCGGGCGCGAUAUCGAAAACGGUCGCCUCUUGCAUAGCAUACCCGCACGAGGUGGCGCGAACGAGGCUGAGGGAGGAGGGCACUAAAUACACCGGCUUCUGGCAAACGUUGGGGCUGGUGUUCCGGGAGGAGGGCUUGCGCGGCGUGUACAGGGGUCUGACCACGCAGCUGGUCCGACAGAUUCCGAAUACCGCAAUCAUGAUGUCGACUUACGAGGCUGUUGUGUACAUAUUGACGACUAGGUUUAAGACGGAGUUUUAUGCUAAGGAGGAAGAGCACUGAACUGCGGCGGUACAAACUGGGUACUGAAAUUCGUAUUCUUUUGAUCCAACGAAUUCGCACCGAGAAAUUUCGAAAGUAACGUUUUGGCAAAGUGAAUAUGACAUAAAAUAAUGUUGUAAUCGAAUCUUACGGCGGUUUUUUGUUAACUGUUGACAAAUCUUUGCUUCAAUCAAUACUACAGACUCGAGUAUUCUCAGGCGUUUUUAUGAAUAUACUACCUACACCAUCUAUUUCUCAAAGUUAAGUAUAGAAAUAAUAAUCCCGAGCAUGCUAAAUUCACAGGAUGUCUUCCUGUACUAAGUGUGUUAUAAUUAUAGUUUAUCUACAGAAUUUCGUUAAUUAUACAUUUUACGUAAUAAAUUAUAUCCAAUAUUUACAAAUAAAGCACUUUCUCCUUGUUGGUUUAACUCCAUUUUCUAUAUGCAGGGUAAAUUAUUUUUUGUUGUCAACUUAUAGAUCUGUUUUAUGUGUAUAUAUUUGAAGAGAACAGAGCAAUUUAGAAUACGAAUUUUUUGUCUAUAGUGAUAUUUGUUUCCUAUAUUUUUGUUAUGAAACUACUUACUUAAAACAACUUUUAGUUUUUAUUAUGAGGAAUUUUACAGUUUUCGGCAAUUGUUGAAAAUUAAUUUUUUUAAAAAUAAGCACAAUUUCUUAAUAUAUUUUCAGUAUUAUAGGAUUCAACCAUCAUCGUGCUUAGAAUUUACUUGGAACCAUUCUGGUCAUUCUUUAGUUUAAGUCAAAUGCCUGCAUGUGAAUAAUCUGUGACAUCACGUGCAGGUGCACUUUUUUGUCAUUACGAAAAAGCUGAGUGUGAUUUAAUUUAGGUAAUUAUUUUGUUAGCUACUGUAAAUUGCUGUAAAAAGCCUGUUAAAUAAAAUUUAACUUUGUCUAAA